UUGCCCACCCCUGCCACUGAGCUGAACGCGUAGGCGGAAAGUGUGCGAGCAGUAAUGUCCCUCAUUCACAUGUCGUUCACAGGUUCUCCCGUGAGUUCGAUGCAUUCCGAUAUCUCGGGGGAAAAAAUAGCAUAAAUAUGAGGGGUGGUGGCGGCGGCGGAGGGUGUACUCCGAAAAACAGGGGGGAAAUAGUCGUUAAAACAGGACAACAAAUUGGGGAGAUAAACAGAAAAUAAAAACGGAUUUAAAAAAAAUCCAAUGCAACACGCUUCAGCAGAAAAUCGCACGAAAGAAUGGAUGCUGAUCCAGAACUGGCCCGUUUCAAGAUUGUCUUGAUAUGCUUAGGGUCUUGUGAUGAUGAUUUAGUUCUCUCGCCGCCCGCUACCGCCUGAGUUCACGUCCGGGUCAGGGAACCCAAAUUCUUAAACCUGUUUGGUCAAGUGUUGUUGAACAUUGACAAUGAUCUGGGUUGACUUCCUGAGUGGGUUCAUCGCUCACUGCACCACGCCACCUGGAGUCGAAAGAAAGGCUUUUAUUUUGAAUGGGCUGCAGCGGUGAUCUGUUGCCUUAAAUAUUUGUAGCGCAAGUGAUCCUGGGCAAUAGAUUUCUUUUUCUUUCUAGCUAUGCGGUAGGAGACUCGAUAGGCUUUCGUAAAUCUUCCUGAAUUUAGAUCGACUUUUGUGGAUCCUCGACGCGGGACGCCCCUGAUCACUACUUUAGUGGACCAAAACACCUUUCAUGCAAUCUUCGUGUCCGGUUGGAAUCGUCUCGUGCACGCUCAAGCUUCUCGACAUAGCUGAGCUUGCAAACAAAAAGACGUGUUUGUGAUCAACACUUCGCUGAGCAGAGCUCAAGAUUGAGGUAGUCUUUCCGCCACCGACUGGUAAGGAUUGACAAGACUGACAUUAAGAGCAGAAAGUGUUGUGAUCGUCCUGUGAAAAUGUGUGCAAGAACGUCAGAAAAGUACAAGGAAGAAGUUUGUGGACUAGAAAAGGAGGAGAAGCUACAACGUCAACUAUUGGACGCUGUGUUCAAUCUGCAGCCUCGAAUUGUCCUACGCAGAGCAGACAUCAUUGAAAAACCUGAACUAGAGUGGCAGCAGCCAGUGUCCCCUCACAUCAAAGAGGAGGGUGAAGAGGUUAAAUGCAUCAAAGAGGGGGAGGAAGAGUUCCUACACAUGAAAGAGGAAAAGCAGGAGGAAAUCAUCCAGGUUCCAUCAACUGGUGUCUAUUUGAAGAAUGAAGAAGGUCAAAGUGAGGAGAGACGACGAGCGGACCCUCCAAGGACGAACAGCUCAAGUGAUGGAGACCACUGUGGAGGAUCACAAACAGAUGAUGAUGAUGAACAGUCGGAAGGUCAUAGGACAUGCCAUGUUGCCAACAAAUGCUGGAAAUGUUCUCACUAUAGGAAAAUUUUAACUUCUAUGGGCAAUUUUAAAAAACACGUGAAAAUACACACAGGAAAGAAGCCUUUUACAUGCUCAGUUUGUGGUCAAAGAUUCACUCAGAAGGUAAACCUAAAAUUACACAACAGAACGCACACUGGUGAGAAACCUUUUUCCUGUUCAGUUUGUGGUCAACGAUUCACUCAGAAGGAACACUUAAAAAGGCACACAAGAACACACACUGGUGAGAAACCUUUUUCCUGUUCAGUUUGUGGUCAACGAUUCACUCAGAAGAGUUACUUAAAAAGUCACACAAGAACACACACUGGUGAGAAACCUUUUUCUUGUUCAGUUUGUGAUAAACGAUUCACUCAGAAGAGUUACUUAAAAAAACACACAAGAACCCACACUGGAGAGAAGCCUUUUUCCUGCUCGGUGUGUGGUGAAAGAUUCUCUUGCAAGCAAACCUUAAAAGUACACACAAGAACCCACACUGGAGAGAGGCCUUUUGCAUGCUCACUCUGUGGUCAAAGAUUCUUUGAGGAGCAAAAAUUAAAAAGACACACAAGAACACACACUGGUGAGAAACCUUUUGCCUGUUUAGUUUGUGGUCAAAGAUUCUCUAGGAAGGAAGGCCUAAAAAGACACACAAGAAUCCACACUGCAGAGAAGCCUUUUGCCUGCACAGUUUGUGGUAAAAGAUUCUCUGAGAAGGAAAGAUUACAAAUACACACAAGAACGCACACUGGUGAGAAACCUUUUUCCUGCUUAGUUUGCGGUCAAAGAUUCUCACAGAAGACUCACUUAAAAAUACACACAAGAAUGCACACUGGACAGAAGGCUUUUGUCUGCUCAGUUUGUGGUCAAAGAUUCACUAAGAAGGGAGAUUUAACAAUACACACAAGAAUACAUACUGGAGAGAAGCCUUUUGCAUGCUCAGUUUGUUGUCAAAGAUUCUCCCUCAAGCAAAACUUACAAUUCCACACAAGAACACACACUGGUGAGAAACCUUUUUCCUGCUCAGAUUGUUAUCAAAGAUUCUCUUAUAAGUAUCAGGUUAAGAGACACAAGUGUGCUGGUAAGAAAAGCAAUGAUCAAGAGGCUUUCAAUGUAAAUGAGUAAUAUCAAAGUAAUUGUGAUUAGUGAGUGACAAAAAUCAACAUUCUUGUAUCCUCUGCACCAUUGACAGUUUUCUCCAAAGAUCACGAUCCGACUGGGAAACUUUGAGCUAUUUUCAUUCAAUGCACAUGGCAAUUUUUCGAAAAUAUCGUGUUAAACUUUUCUUGCUACGAUCAUGUGACAAUGGUCGAGAGACGCAGGGGAGACAUUUUCUCGAGGGCCGAUGUCAUCCUCCUCGGGGAUAACUCUCAAUACAUUCUCAAUACAAUACAUUCACAAAGCACUGAUUUGGUGUUCGAAUGGCUUCAUUGGCUGCUCUGCACAGUUUUCUUAGACUUUUCACUCACAUCUACCCUGCCCUCUUUUAUUCCUUUUUCACGCUCCCGCUGCACACGCCUGCGUAAUCCCGUCUCAUUCACACAUCGUCACACACGCCCCCACACACCAGUCACUAUGAUUUGACUGGUUCGUAUGUGCGUCACACUCGCAAAUCUGCACACCUGAGGACGUAAAAUCACGUGCGUAAAGUUUGUUCCGAGUAGAAAUGCAUAUAUAUUGAAAGACAUCGCUUAUUUUGUGUAGUCUUGACCAAUGUUCCCUCUAACCUGCGCAAUUGUGAUCCAGCGCAGUGAACUGAAGUGCCUGACAUCUUUUUAUUUUUUUUUAACACGGAAGCACACGGUCUCUAACAACAAGAUGCUGCUCAGUCUUCUUCUACUUCCUAGUUUACCUGACAACGCCCCCCUCCGCUCUUAAAGGGGUACACUCAUAAUUACAAACAGAACACGUGCCCGCAUCCUUACAGUGAAGAAAAUAAGUAUUUGAACACCCUGCUCUUUUGCAAGUUCUCCCACUUAGCAAUCAUGGAGGGGUCUGAAAUUUUCAUUGUAGUUGCAUGUCCAAUGUGAGAGACAAUCUAAAAAGAAAAAUCCAGAAAUCGCAUUGUAUGAUUUUUUUUUUUUUCUUAAUUUGUGUGAUACAGCUGCAAAUAAGUAUUUGAACACCUGUCUAUGAGCGAGAAUCCUGACCCUCAAAUACCUGUUAGUCCUCCUUUAAAAGUCCACCUGAAUUAGAUGCACCUGUGUGAGGUCGUUAGCUGCAUAAAGACACCUGUCCACCCCAUACAAUCAGUAAGAAUCAAACUAGAGCUGUCCAAAUACACCAAAGACAAAAUUGUACAACCCCACACGGCUGGAAAGGCUUACAAAGAAAUUGAAAAGCAGCUUUUUGAAAAAAGGUCCACUGUUGGAGCAAUCAUUUGAAAAUGGAAGAAGCUAAACAUGACUGUCAAUCUCAAUCAGAGCGGAGCCCCAUGCAAGAUAUCACCUUGUGGGGUCUCAAUCGUCCUGAGAAAGGUGAGGAAUUGUCAGAGAUGUUCCUAGAAAAACAGCUAAGACAAGCCAGAGGACUGUAGUGAGUGAACUCAAACCAAAAAAGAUUGUCUUGCUCGCGAGGGACAGGCAGGGAGACCCACUGCAUGAGUGCGCUCCUUCAGACUGUCAAAGUGGUCAUCCCUGUCUGCUCUUUUUUUUUUUCCAAAUUGUUUUUCAGGUCAAAGGGUUUCAUGACACGGAGAGCUCACACAGUGAAAAUGCUCACACAGAUGGCUACACCAACAGCACAUAAACACUAAGGUACAUGUUUUUUCAAGGCUGCAAGAGUGUCCUGAUAACCCCACAAGAGACAAAGCAGCGCAUUGUUUAAAGACAUGUUUAUGGCAUUUGGGGGUAUCAUCUAGUAGUAUAAAAGGGAAUGUCUCCUCCCAGUGUUGGGGAGUAUCUACUUAAAGUCAGAAGGUAAACACGCUGAGAUCAGGAUGGAGACAUCGCUUCCCAGUGUUCAGGAGUAUCUGCUUGAGGUCAGCAGGGGGGGCAUCGCCUCCCAGGUGUCACUGGGUCACAUUCUAAGACACGCACGCAGCUCACAAAAAGAAUAAUUCAGACUAAGACUAACAGAAACAAGCGCAAACAAUUCUAACAAUAACCAUAGUAGUAAUUAUAUGCUUUUAUCAUGAUAACUAACAUAGUGAUUAAUUCUUUCACAGGAAUCAUCCAAGGACUACACACCAGGACUAGGUGAAUGACCUGAAAAAUGUUGAGACCAUAGUUUCCAAGGUGACUGUGUUGGUAAUACACUAAGAUGUCAUGGUUUGAAAUCAUGCAUGACACAGAAGGUUCCCCUCCCUAAACCAGCACAUGUCAAGGCCCGUCUUAAGUUUGCCAAUAACCAUUGGGAUGAUACAGAGAAGUCAUGGGAGAAAGUUUAGUGGUCAGAUGAGACCAAAAUGGAACUUUGUCCCCAUAAUUCCACGAAUUGUGUUUGGAGGAAAACAAACAAUUAGUUUCAUCUCAAAAACAACAUCCCUACUGUGAAACAUGGGGGUGGUAGCAUCGUGCCUUGGGCGUGUUUUUCUGAACAUGGGACAGGACGACUGCACUAUAUGAAGUAGAGGAUGACCAGCCAGGAAAACCAAGGUGUGGCUCCGUAAGAAGCAUAACAAGCCUCUGGCGUGGCCUUGCCAGUCUCCAGACCUAAACCCAAGAUAAAACCUUUGGAGGGAUCUGAAACUCUGUGUUUCUCAGUGACAGCCCAGAAACCUGUCUGAUCUCGAGAAGAUCUGUGUGGAGGAGUGGGCCAAAAUCCCUCCUGCAGUGUGCAAACCUGGUGAAAAACUAUAGGAAACAUUUGACCUCUGUAAUUGCAAAUAAAGGCUACUGUACCAAAUAUCAACAUUGGUUUUCCCAGGUGUUCAAAUAAGUAUUUGCAGCUGUAUCACACAAAUAAAUUAUUAAAAAAAUCAUACAUUGUGGUUUCUGAAUUUUUCUUUUUAGAUUAUCUCUCUCACAGUGGACAUGCACCUACGGUGAAAAUUUCAGACCCCUCCAUGAUUUCUAAGUGGGAGAACUUGCAAUAUAAUAAGGUGUUCAAAUACUUAUUUUCUUCACUGUACAUCCGCGGGCAUGACUGGUGGACCACGCCCGUAACUUUGUCUGUGGGCAUGAUUGACCACACCCAGACAUUUUUCAAAUGUGAGUGACUGCACCCACUGAUCUUGUCACAUUACCCCUAACAACAGUAAUCAACUCAAACAGAAGGUGCACGCAAAUACCGUAAGAACUCAAACAAAGUGCGCUUGCACGCUCAUCAAAGAAACAGAACUUCAAAAUGCUUUUGUGCCUUCUUAAGAGCCGGAUUGAAACGGGCCCGUGUUCGCCACACCUGCUCUAGAUCAGAAUCAUGAAUCAUGUUGGAUUAAUUGUUCAUAGUUAUCUCAUAUUUACUUUCGUUUGCUUUUAAAUGCUCUUUUUCUUAAUACUACAUAGCUCUGUGGGUUUCUUUUCAUGUUUUUUUUCAUGUUUUGGAUUGCCAAGUUAAUAAAAAGUGGAGAUGUAGGCAGAACGGGUUGGAGAUUGUGAAGGAGAUACAUCCCAUGUUCUCCUCGUGAGCCAGAAAGUUCCUCUUGUCUUCCUUCCUUGCUGUGUAAACCUGACAAAUCAGUUACAUUAUCAGUCAUGAAUCAGUUAAUGUCUGCAUUGUUUUUUUUUUUUUUUUUUGAUCAAGCACAUUAUCAAAAUGUUUUCCAUCAAACACUCAACACUUUGAAAAUCUCAGUUAAAUAUUUACCGAGUACUGAAGGAAUAUUCACAGUGUGAUGUCAGGAAGUGCUCAAGAUCCAGUCGCUCUUUUAUACUGUCUCCUUCUGCUCCUGUCUUUUGUAUCUUUUAUUUGUCUUUAUUUUUAUUCUUGUAUUGCUUUUAUGGAUGAACUGAUGCGGGAGGGGCUCUCCAAUUUCA